UCUGUCCCGACACCGGGCGGCCCACGCGCGCGGUACUCUGUGACUGGGAGAGGCCCGGCAAGCCCGGCGUGGGGUGCGACGAGGGCGCGGCGGCCCAGCGAUCUACUGGCAUCCUCGGCCCUACCUUCUGCUCCCCACCCGACGUCGGAAGUAAAAAUAAAACCGAAAGGGAGGGACGCGCGGUGCCAGGAGCGGACGGAGGGAUGGGAAGCGCGUGAGCCCCGGCCGAGAGGUCAGUUUGUUGAGUUUGAUUACCUCUCACCUCCUCCAAACAGAUAAAUAUCAUACUGUUUUGUCUCAGUUUCACGUUUCUUGUUGUAUGGAUCACUGAUUGAAAAAUAGAUGGCCUUACCUCGUCUCACAGGAGCCUUGCGCUCCUUUUCAAAUGUCACCAAGCAAGAUAAUUAUAAUGAAGAAGUGGCUGACUUAAAGAUAAAGCGAUCCAAACUUCAUGAACAAAUGUUAGAUUUGGACCUGACAUGGAAGAAGAUAGUAAAAUUUUUGAAUGAAAACCUGGAGAAGAGUAAAAUGCAAAGUGUAAAUGAAGACUUAAAGGAUAUAUUACAUGCUGCAAAACAAAUAGUUGGAACGGAUAAUGGAAGAGAAGCAAUUGAAAGUGGGGCUGCAUUUCUCUUCAUGACAUUUCACUUGAAGGACUGUGUUGGUCACAAGGAGACAAAAGCUAUCAAACAGAUGUUUGGUCCCUUUCCAUCAUCAUCUGCUACUUCAGCUUGUAAUGCUACUAAUCGAAUUAUUUCUCAUUUUAGUCAAGAUGAUCUUAUUGCUCUUGUCCAGGUGACAAAAGAGGAAAAUAGUGAUAGGGGUUUUUUUGGCAAAAACUUAGCAUUUUCAUUUGACAUGCAUGACUUGGACCACUUUGAUGAACUGCCAGUAAAUAGUGAAGCCCAGAAAACUAUAAGCCUAGAUUACAAAAAGUUUCUGAAUGAACAUUUUCAGGAGCAUUGCAUCCCGGAGCUCAAGGCUGUGGAAAAAACAAAUGGCUCCUUUUUGUGGUGUGAAGUAGAGAAGUACUUAAAUACAACUUUGAAGGAAAUGACUGAAGUACCAAGAGUCGAAGAUCUUUGCUGUACCUUGUAUGAUAUGCUUGCUUCUGUUAAAAGUGGUGAUGAACUUCAGGACGAGCUGUUUGAACUGCUGGGACCUGAAGGACUUGAACUUAUUGAGAAGCUCCUCCAGAACAGAAUUACAAUUGUGGAUAAAUUUCUGAAUUCUUCAAAUGAGAAGUUUCAAGUUCUUCAGGACAAUUGCAAAAAAAUUUUAGGAGAAAAUGCUAAACCCAGUUAUGGUUGUCAAGUCACUAUUCAGUCUGAACAAGAAAAGCAGUUAAUGAAGCAAUAUCGCCGUGAAGAAAAAAGAAUUGCCAGACGAGAAAAAAAGGCUGGAGAAGAUUUAGAAGUUUCAGAAGGACUCAUGAGCUUUGAUCCCAAGGAAUUACGGAUACACAGAGAGCAGGCACUUCUGAAUGCUAGAAGUGUUCCAAUUCUGAGCAGACAGAGAGACAUGGACAUUGAAAAAAUACGUUAUCCCCAUGUUUAUGAUUCCCAGGCUGAAGCCAUGAAAACAUCAGCAUUCAUUGCUGGUGCAAAGAUGAUUUUACCAGAAGGAAUCCAAAGAGAAAAUGACAAGCUUUAUGAAGAAGUAAAGAUUCCCUACAGUGAACCAAUGCCAGUUGGCUUUGAGGAAAAGCCAGUUUAUAUCCAAGACUUAGAUGAGAUCGGCCAGCUGGCUUUUAAAGGAAUGAGGAGACUCAAUAGAAUCCAGUCAAUAGUGUUUGAAACUGCCUACAACACCAAUGAGAACAUGCUGAUUUGUGCCCCUACUGGAGCUGGAAAGACCAACAUUGCGAUGCUUACAGUCUUGCAUGAAAUUCGCCAACAUUUUCAACAAGGUGUUAUCAAAAAGAAUGAAUUUAAGAUUGUGUAUGUUGCUCCAAUGAAAGCCUUGGCAGCUGAAAUGACGAAUUACUUCAGCAAACGUCUAGAGCCACUGGGCAUCAUUGUAAAAGAAUUGACUGGUGAUAUGCAGUUGUCAAAAAGUGAAAUUUUACGAACUCAGAUGCUUGUGACCACACCAGAAAAAUGGGAUGUAGUGACAAGAAAGAGCGUUGGAGAUGUAGCUCUUUCCCAAAUUGUAAAGCUCCUUAUUCUUGAUGAAGUUCAUUUGCUGCAUGAAGAUAGAGGGCCAGUAUUAGAGAGCAUAGUUGCACGUACCUUACGGCAGGUUGAAUCCACACAGAGUAUGAUCAGGAUUCUUGGACUGUCUGCAACCUUACCCAACUACCUCGAUGUUGCUACAUUUUUACAUGUUAAUCCCUACAUUGGACUUUUCUACUUUGAUGGCCGUUUUCGACCAGUACCACUUGGACAGACAUUUCUGGGGAUUAAAGGUGCAAAUAAAAUGCAGCAACUGAAUAACAUGGAUGAAGUAUGUUAUGAAAAUGUUUUGAAGCAAGUAAAGUCUGGACACCAGGUGAUGGUAUUUGUACAUGCUCGAAAUGCCACUGUAAGAACAGCUGUGUCUCUAAUAGAAAGAGCAAAAAAUUGUGGCCAGAUUUCCUGCUUUUUACCUACCCAAGGACCUGAAUAUGGACAUGCAGAAAAGCAGGUGCAAAAGUCAAGAAAUAAGCAAGUACGAGAAUUAUUCCCAGAUGGUUUUAGCAUUCAUCAUGCAGGAAUGCUUCGGCAGGACAGAAAUUUGGUUGAAAACUUGUUUUCUAAUGGUCAUAUCAAAGUCCUGGUCUGUACAGCUACAUUAGCAUGGGGUGUCAAUCUUCCUGCUCAUGCUGUUAUUAUUAAGGGAACACAAAUAUAUGCUGCAAAAAGAGGCUCUUUUGUUGACCUUGGAAUUUUAGAUGUCAUGCAGAUAUUUGGCCGUGCUGGACGACCACAAUUUGACAAAUUUGGGGAAGGAAUCAUUAUAACAACACAUGAUAAACUCAGCCAUUACCUCACUUUGCUCACUCAACAAAACCCAAUUGAGAGUCAGUUUCUGGAAAGCCUUGCAGAUAACCUAAAUGCAGAGAUUGCUCUGGGAACAGUUACUAACGUGGAAGAAGCAGUGAAGUGGAUAAGUUACACUUAUCUUUAUGUACGGAUGAGAGCAAAUCCAUUAGUAUAUGGCAUCAGUCAUAAGGCUUAUCAGAUUGAUCCAACACUAAGAAAGCAUCGAGAACAGUUGGUCAUUGAAGUUGGACGAAAACUAGACAAAGCGCGGAUGAUUCGUUUUGAAGAGCGAACUGGGUAUUUUUCCUCUACUGAUUUGGGUAGAACUGCCAGCCACUACUAUAUUAAAUACACCACCAUUGAGACCUUUAAUGAACUCUUUGAUGCUCACAAAACAGAAGGUGAUAUCUUUGCUAUAGUCUCCAAAGCUGAAGAAUUUGAUCAAAUCAAGGUUAGAGAAGAGGAAAUAGAGGAGUUAGAUGCUCUAUUAAACAAUUUCUGUGAACUCUCCGCUCCUGGAGGUGUAGAGAAUAGUUAUGGGAAAAUAAACAUCUUACUUCAAACUUAUAUCAGCCGCGGAGAGAUGGACAGUUUCUCCCUCAUAUCAGAUUCUGCAUACGUUGCACAGAAUGCAGCUAGAAUUGUCCGUGCUCUUUUUGAAAUUGCUCUGAGGAAACGUUGGCCUGCCAUGACCUACAGGCUUCUGAAUCUUAGCAAAGUCAUUGACAAGAGGCUUUGGGGUUGGGCUAGCCCUUUGAGACAAUUUUCAGUCUUACCACCACACAUUCUAACAAGAUUAGAAGAAAAAAACCUUACUGUGGAUAAGCUGAAAGACAUGAGGAAAGAUGAAAUAGGUCACAUUUUGCAUCAUGUGAAUAUCGGACUGAAGGUCAAACAAUGUGUUCAUCAGAUUCCUUCUGUUAUAAUGGAAGCAUCCAUUCAACCCAUCACACGGACUGUUCUUCGAGUGACACUCAGCAUCUAUCCUGAUUUCACUUGGAAUGAUCAGGUUCAUGGGACAGUGGGGGAACCCUGGUGGAUUUGGGUAGAAGAUCCUACAAAUGAUCAUAUUUAUCAUUCAGAGUAUUUUCUAACUCUAAAAAAACAGGUCAUUAGUAAAGAAGCGCAACUACUGGUAUUUACAAUCCCUAUUUUUGAGCCUUUGCCUUCCCAAUACUACAUCCGAGCAGUGUCUGAUAGAUGGCUAGGAGCUGAGGCUGUAUGUAUUAUCAACUUUCAACAUCUGAUUCUACCAGAGAGACAUCCUCCCCAUACAGAAUUACUGGAUCUUCAGCCUUUACCAGUCACAGCUUUGGGAUGUAAAGCAUAUGAAGCCUUGUACAACUUCAGCCAUUUUAACCCUGUGCAGACACAAAUAUUUCAUACACUGUAUCACACAGACUGUAAUGUCCUACUUGGAGCACCCACUGGAUCGGGAAAGACUGUUGCAGCUGAAUUAGCCAUUUUCAGAGUCUUCAACAAGUACCCCACUUCGAAGGCAGUAUAUAUUGCACCCCUUAAAGCCCUAGUACGUGAAAGAAUGGAUGAUUGGAAAGUUAGAAUAGAAGAAAAACUUGGUAAAAAGGUUAUUGAACUCACAGGGGAUGUGACUCCUGAUAUGAAAUCUAUUGCCAAAGCUGAUCUUAUUGUCACUACACCAGAAAAGUGGGAUGGAGUCAGCAGAAGCUGGCAAAAUAGGAACUAUGUUCAACAAGUCACUAUUCUCAUCAUAGAUGAGAUCCAUCUGCUUGGGGAGGAAAGAGGCCCUGUUCUAGAGGUCAUUGUAUCUCGAACAAAUUUCAUCUCAUCACACACAGAAAAGCCUGUUAGAAUAGUUGGACUAUCUACUGCAUUAGCUAAUGCCAGAGACCUUGCUGACUGGCUCAAUAUUAAGCAGAUGGGCUUGUUUAACUUCCGACCAUCAGUGCGCCCAGUUCCACUGGAAGUUCACAUUCAAGGCUUCCCAGGUCAACAUUACUGUCCUCGUAUGGCUAGUAUGAAUAAGCCUGCAUUUCAGGCAAUUAGAAGCCAUUCUCCAGCCAAACCUGUUUUGAUAUUUGUCUCUUCAAGACGUCAAACUCGUCUUACUGCUUUGGAGUUGAUAGCCUUUUUAGCUACUGAAGAAGAUCCAAAGCAGUGGUUGAAUAUGGAUGAAAGAGAGAUGGAGAACAUUAUUGGAACGGUACGAGAUUCCAACCUGAAGCUGACACUUGCUUUUGGGAUAGGAAUGCACCAUGCUGGAUUACAUGAGAGGGACCGAAAAACAGUAGAAGAACUAUUUGUGAACUGUAAAGUUCAGGUUCUUAUUGCUACAAGCACAUUAGCCUGGGGUGUAAACUUUCCAGCUCAUUUAGUAAUUAUUAAGGGAACAGAAUAUUAUGAUGGAAAAACAAGACGUUAUGUGGAUUUUCCCAUUACAGAUGUCCUCCAGAUGAUGGGACGUGCUGGGAGGCCACAGUUUGAUGACCAAGGCAAAGCUGUAAUUCUGGUUCAUGAUAUAAAGAAAGACUUUUACAAAAAAUUUCUUUAUGAGCCUUUCCCAGUAGAGUCAAGCUUAUUAGGAGUGCUUUCUGACCAUUUAAAUGCGGAGAUUGCUGGUGGUACAAUAACAUCUAAGCAAGACGCAAUGGAUUAUAUCACUUGGACUUACUUUUUCCGACGUCUUGUUAUGAACCCCAGCUAUUACAGUUUGGGUGAUGUGAGCCAUGAUUCUGUGAACAAGUUUCUGUCCCAUCUGAUUGAGAAGUCCCUAAUUGAAUUGGAACUUUCCUACUGUAUUGAAAUAGGAGAGGAUAAUCGGAGCAUUGAACCUCUGACAUAUGGCCGAAUUGCCUCCUAUUACUAUUUGAAGCACCAAACAGUUAAAAUGUUCAAGGACCGUUUGAAACCUGAAUGCAGUACUGAAGAAUUGCUUUCAAUUCUGAGUGAUGCGGAAGAAUACACAGAUUUGCCAGUAAGACACAAUGAAGAUCAUAUGAAUAGUGAACUGGCAAAAUGUCUUCCCAUUGAAUUAAAUCCUCAUUCGUUUGACAGCCCUCACACCAAAGCCCAUCUCCUGCUACAGGCACAUCUCAGCCGAGCUAUGCUGCCCUGCCCAGACUAUGACACUGAUACAAAAACAGUCCUGGACCAAGCACUCAGAGUAUGUCAGGCCAUGCUGGAUGUGGCUGCAAACCAGGGCUGGCUGGUGACUGUGCUGAAUAUCACCAACCUGAUUCAGAUGGUGAUCCAGGGCCGGUGGUUAAAAGACUCUUCUCUUCUUACAGUACCAAACAUAGAACCUCACCAUCUUCACCUUUUCAGGAAAUGGAAGCCAAUUAUAAAGGGCCCACGUGCUGGGUCCCGGGCCUCCAUUGAGUGCCUUCCUGAACUGAUCCAUGUCUGUGGAGGGAAAGAACAUGUAUUCAGCUCCAUGGUAGAAAGUGAACUACAUGCCGCAAAAACAAAGCAGGCUUGGAAUUUCUUAUCUCACUUGCCAGUGAUAAAUGUUGGCAUAAGUGUUAAAGGCUCAUGGGAUGACUUAGUUGAAGGACAUAAUGAACUCUCUGUCUCAACUCUGACUGCAGACAAACGAGAUGACAACAAAUGGAUAAAAUUGCAUGCUGAUCAAGAUUAUGUGCUUCAAGUCAGCUUGCAGAGAGUCCACUUUGGGUUCCACAAGGGAAAACAAGAGAACUGUGCAGUUACCCCUCGAUUUCCCAAAUCAAAAGAUGAAGGCUGGUUUUUGAUAUUAGGAGAAGUAGAUAAGAGAGAACUUAUUGCUUUAAAAAGAGUAGGAUAUGUUCGAAAUCAUCAUGUUGCUUCCCUUUCUUUUUACACCCCUGAAAUACCUGGAAGGUAUAUCUACACACUAUAUCUCAUGAGUGACUGCUACCUUGGCCUAGACCAGCAGUAUGACAUUUAUCUCAAUGUCACACAAGCAAGCGUUUCCACGCAGGUCAACACAGAGGUCUCUGAUGCCUUGACUGACCUGGCAGUGGAGUAAACUAACCCAAACAAUCCAUUUGAAAGAAGUGGUUAAGAAGUCUGGCUGUUGAGUCAUCUAGAUAAAGUCGAAUCACUUGGUGUUUGCCUUGUUGGAAUCAACUUCCAACCUUGAGAAAUCCAGGAAAUUGACAGUGACUAUAUUAUUGACUCCAGCAACAUAAAGUUAGCCGCAGUGGCCUUUUAACAAAUUCUGCCUUUUAUAAUGUUGUCUUCAUGGGCUUCUUGAUAUGUAAAGUGAAUAGGCAUGUAGGAUAAACUUUUAAUUUGUGUAUAUUUGAAAUGAUAUUUACAGGUUAUCAAAUUUUCCAUCCCACAGUGUACUGUUUAUAUGAAUAUUGGCUUUUUUUUUUUUUUAAUUUAAGGAAAACUCCAUUGAGGCCCGAUAGUGUUGGGAUUUGUUGUAACAAAUUUCUAACAAAAGCAUAAAAUAUACAGGAAAAAUCUAUAAGGUGAUACAGAAUGUGUCUGUUAGCAAAAUUUAUACUUUGAUCUGAUCACAUGUAGGAGUAGUUUCAAGAAUUUAUUAUAGUCAUAAAUUUUGAUAAUAAAUGAUGUAAAAUUAUAUUACAGAGCCCAGUGAUGAUAACAGAGAAAAUGGAAUAUGUUGAUCUUAGAAAAUGUAGAUACUGUUAACCAGUGGAAAUAAAAUACAUAAAGUGCCACCAGGCCAA